AUGGAUAUUAUAUUAGGUAUUAGAGUAUCAGAUGCAACACUAAUUGCGACUUCAAAAGCAGCUACUAGAUCAAUUUCAAUAUUAAAAGAUGAUGAUGAUAAAACAAGAGAAUUAAAUAAACAUAAUUUAAUUGCAUUUACUGGUGAAUCUGGAGAUACAACACAAUUUGCAGAAUAUGUACAAGCUAAUAUUCAAUUAUAUUCAAUGAGAGAAAAUGAUAUUGAAUUAUCACCAAAGGCAACUGCAUCAUUUAUAAGAAAUCAAUUAGCAACUUCAAUAAGAUCAAGAAAACCAUAUCAAGUAAAUUGUUUAAUUGGUGGAUAUGAUACAAAAACAGGAAAACCAAGUUUAAAUUGGAUAGAUUAUUUAGGUACUCAAGUUGAAUUACCUUAUGGUGCUCAUGGUUAUGCUGCCUUUUAUACUACUUCAUUAUUAGAUAAACAUUAUAGAGAAAAAAUGUCAAUUGAUGAUGGUUUAAAAUUAAUGGAUAUGUGUAUUGAUGAAUUAAAUAAAAGAAUGCCAAUUGAUUUUAAAGGUGUUUAUAUAAAAGUUGUCGAUAAAGAUGGUAUAAGAUUAAUUAAGUAA